GUUUUGAUAAAGUUAGUUUAUUUUGUAGGUAUAAAAUAAGACAUGGGUGUUGUGUGGUUGAAUACAUAUUUAAUUAUUGUUUCUACUUUCUAGUGAAACUUGAAGAAAAUACAGGAAGAUAUUGAAAUCUCUCGGCAUGAUUUUAUUUAGAAAUGUCAGAAAUAAAGAAUAAAAACCAAAUCUUAGCUGCAAUCGAUCAUUUGCGUGAACGAAAGUCGCGUCCAGACAUAAACAGAAUUUGUAAGUUUAUGCUUAAAUGUUUUAAAGUAUCACCAAAGGAUACCAAAGCUGAUUUAAAACGUUGUUUGAAAGAAAAAAGUAUCUAUAAAGUUGAUUAUAAGGAUAAUGUAAGCUAUAGAAACGCUGCAAAGUGGGUAAAAACAAGUGACAAAAAGAUGAGUUCACCAGUUGCAACAAAUGAGAGAAGAAUAAUAACAUCUGCAAUUGCAACAUUGAUCUAUCAAGAUCAGAGCUACUUGGAAAAUGGAAUUGCAUUUAAUGAACUAGUAAGAGUUGCUGCUUCUCAGGAUCAAAAAUAUACUAAGAAACAACUUGAAGGUAUCAUAAAUAAAGAGUUGUCAUCUGGUAGUCUUGUUAAAUUACCAAAUGGGGCAUUAGCAUUAGGACCAGCUGACCAUGAUGCUGAUAGCUCUGACAGUUUUAAAUUUGAGUAUAAUGAUUCCAAUACAAAAAUGACUUCAUCUGCUAACUCUUCAUGUCGAUCCUCCCCACAGAGGAUGAGAGGUCGACCUAAAAAGCAUACAGGAGGAGGUACAAAUAACAAAUCAAGUUCUAUUUCAAAUCAAAAUGCUGCUGUGAGAGUAGGUGAAAGGCGUAAGAUGGCUAAGAAAGUGUUUGAUCCUUCUGAUAACAAUGUGCCAAGUAAAAGAAAAAGAGGGAGGCCAAUAGGAUCGCUUAAUAAGAGCACUUUAAAAAAGAGAUUGUUAGUAGCAGAAAGGAGAGGAGAAAAUGAGGGUACACCAGUCUCUGAAAGUCAACAAUCUUUAGAUGGAAGUGGAGAUGAAUUAGAUCAAGAUGAUUCUACAUCUCAAGACACAACAGGUGGAGUUUGUUCAGUAUGCUUAGUACAAAAGCCUAGAAAUUCCAAUGACAGACUAUUGGUGUGUAGAGAUUGCAACAAUAAAGCUCAUCUUAGUUGUCUUCAAUCUGGUGCUGGUAUAUUAAAACCACGACCGGACAAUACAUGGCAGUGUCAUAAUUGUAAAACUUGUGUGGUAUGCUGUGAAACUAAUGAUGCUGGUAUAUUAACGGUGUGCAGUAUUUGUUCAGAUGCUUAUCACACUCUUUGCCAUACACCAAGAAUACCAGAACGCUUGAAGGCUUGGGAUCAAUGGGAAUGUAACAAUUGUUUGGAAUCCAGGCCUUCAGUAAAUCAGUCCCCAGCCACAAUAUCCAAUAAUACAGAAUGUAACAAGAAAAAUGAAGCAAGUAUAGAUCCUUUUCUGAAACCACAUGAAAUUGAUAGAGGUGCAGAAAAAGUUUCUAGUGAAGUCCCCAUGGAUCCCAGCAUACCUGACAUUACCAAUUGGACUGUGGAUGAUGUUUAUGAUUAUUUUAUGGAACAUUUACCUGAAGCAGCACCUAUCUUAAGAGAUCAGGAAUUUGAUGGUCCAGCUUUGAGUAUGGCAAGGAGAGCUGAUAUUGUUAGGUGUUUAGGGCUUCCAUUAGGCCCAGGAUUAGCUUUAUAUAGAAUAGUGGUAAAGCUUCAAACAAAGAAAGAUGACUGGAGAAUGUGCUGGGGUUGAAAAUAAGUAAUCUGAUUGUGAACCCAUUACCUAACAAUAAUAAAGUGUGUUAAGUCAGCACUUCCUUUGGCUUGAUUGCAGUGAUAUUCCUGUUUGGCCUAAAUCAGUUGUAUCAUUAUUUAUUUUUAGUUAACAUUAGAUUAGUAUACAGCAGUGUAUGUCACAUACACGAGCUAACCAUUGCAGGUGUAAGGAAAGCCCUGUGCAAGGCACAGCUACAAAACUUCAUGACUUAUAUCACAUACCAAGAAGGUUAUGUACAAGCUGUGCCCGGGAUGUGGGUUUUUAUAUAUACCAUGAAUAGCAUCAUAUUAAAUGUGUGAAGCUUUGAAAAUGUACCUCACACGAGGCUAGGCUUACAUUUGCUACAGUCUAGCAUAAUUCAUGGCUUAAUUGGUAGUGGUAAAUGUUUCUCAAAACAAUCAUGGAUUGGAUAUAUAAAUAAAAUUUGAAAACAAAGUUUUUAUGAACUAUGUGGGACUCAAACCCGCAACCUCUCGUGUUCCAUGCGAGUGCUAUUCCAAGUGAGCCAACUGUUUGAGAGUUGUAUUGUUGAUAAAAUCUUGUAUGGUUUGUGCAACUCUCAGACUAAAUAAAUAAUAAUUACAUAAUAAAAAAACCCAUUGCCAAAGCUAAAGUAAUGCAGGGUUUUCACAAAUCUGAUCUGUUGGUGGGUUUGUUUGUAUUCCAUAUAAUUUAUAACCCAAUACAGGUUCCAAUUUGAUAAUUUCUUGUACAGAUGUUAUUACUGUCCUUUAAUGAAUAAUUCUAUUUAAAUAAAUAAUUUAUAUGAAUGUGUUA